GGAUGGCGGGCGCGGCGGCCAGGGCCGGGGCUGGGUAGUCGGCGCCGCGAGCAGGCCGAGGAUGCAGCGCUGGAAGGCGGCAGCCCUGGCUUCCGUGCUCUGUAGCUCCGUGCUGUCCAUCUGGAUCUGCCGCGAGGGUCUGCUGCUCAGCCACCGCCUGGGACCCGCGCUGGCCCCGCUGCGCCGCCCCCCUCGCACCCUGGACGCCCGCAUCGCCCGCCUGGCCCAGUACCGAGCGCUGUUGCAGGGUGCACCGGACGCCGUGGAGCUGCGCGAGCUGACGCCCUGGGCCGACCGCGCCCCAGAUCCGCGCCGUCGAGCGGGGUCCAGGCUGCGGCGCGCGCGUGCGCGGUCGGGGUCACGGCCUUGCGGCCUGCGAGAGCUGGAGGUGCGCGUGAGCGAGCUGGGCCUGGGCUACGCCUCAGAUGAGACGGUACUGUUCCGCUACUGCGCAGGCGCCUGCCAGGCGUCCUCGCGCGUCUACGACUUGGGGCUACGGCGCCUGCGCCAGCAGCGGCGCUUGCGGCGGGAUUUGGUGCGUGCGCAGCCCUGCUGCCGCCCGACGGCCUAUGAAGACGAGGUGUCUUUCAUGGAUGUGCACAGCCGGUACCACACAGUGCAAGAGCUAUCGGCGCGCGAGUGCGCCUGCGUGUGACCCUACCUCACCCUGCCCAGCAAGACGAUGGCCACGCCCCCCGCCCUCGAUGUCACCCACAGUCCAACCUGGACAGCCCCCGAGAAAGACCGCGCAUGUGCGGAGGAUGCCGUCGAGGCCGUGGGACUCUCGCGAUAACUGUAUUGAGAUAAAGUGUGGGAAGUCGA